AUGCAUCGCAGACGCACCCUCUCUCUUCUUCCGGGAUGUAAGGAUGUAAUACAUUUCGAUAAAAUAAUCAUGAAAGAAAGUAAUCAACUCAAUCAAUUCAAUCUUAAAGAGCUGCUUGAUGCGUUUCAAAGGGCAAAACAGGACAAUGAAAUCAUAGUUGAUGAGUAUGUGAGUGGUUACGUACAGCUUACAUAUUUCUUUGAACUUUUAGGGACGGUAUUCGGUUAUGUUAAUUCUGAUAUAAAUGAAAAAAUUGAUAUUUUAAAACACUAUCGUGCCGGAAGCAGCAGUGAAUCAUAUCGAACGGUGAAGUCUAUGAUACUUUUUGAGAAAUCCAAGAACUUCGUGGUCAGUCCUGAACAUCCAAAUGGCUGCAGAACUCUACUAAGACUUCAUCGUGCACUCGAAUUUGCCAGUCUGUUCAUGAAACGAUUGGGGAUCGCGAGUGCGCAUGACAAAUCCUCCAUUCUAGCAUAUAACUCUUAUAAUGAGACAUUGGCGAAAUAUCAUCCUUGGUUAAUUAGGAAAGGUGUUGGUAUUGCCACUUACACUUUGGGUAGCUGUGGGGCAUUACUGGAAAAAUGUGGAGGUGCUAUAGAAAAUACAGACGAAGCAAAAAGAUUGUUGUCCCUUGUUUCUGUUGCUAUGGAUAAUGUAUAUGAAAUCACAGAUCAUUUGUACACAGAAUUUGAUCUGCAUAAACUUCCAUAA